AGGAGAGGUGCAGAACUGCGGUUGUAGUGGCACAGCAGCGGUCUGGGUCCAUUAAUCAAUUUGCUUGUUGGGAGGUGCGAGGAAUGGGCAGGCAAGAAGACUGGGAAUACAUCAUCGGAUUCUGUGACCAGAUCAACAAAGAACUUGAAGGGCCACAGAUAGCUGUGAGACUCCUGGCUCAUAAAAUCCAGUCACCACAGGAAUGGGAGGCAGUCCAAGCCUUGACAGUGCUAGAAGCUUGUAUGAAGAACUGUGGGAGAAGAUUUCAUAAUGAAGUAGGGAAGUUUCGCUUUUUAAAUGAGUUAAUAAAAGUUGUGUCUCCAAAGUACCUGGGAGACCGAGUCUCAGAGAAGGUGAAGACCAAAGUCAUUGAAUUGCUGUAUAGCUGGACAGUGGCAUUGCCAGAAGAAUCCAAAAUCAAGGAUGCCUACUACAUGCUGAAGCGACAAGGGAUCAUUAUGUUUGAUCCUGUGAUUCCUGCAGACAGAACCCUGAUUCCUUCUCCACCACCUCGUCCCAAAAACCCUGUGUUUGAUGAUGAGGAGAAAUCCAAGCUUCUAGCCAAACUGCUGAAAAGCAAAAACCCAGAUGACUUACAAGAGGCCAACAAGCUUAUAAAAUCCAUGGUAAAAGAGGAUGAGGCUCGGAUUCAAAAAGUGACAAAACGCAUGCACACGCUGGAGGAAGUAAAUAACAAUGUGAAACUGCUGAAUGAGAUGUUGGUUCAUUACAGCAAAGAGGACUCAUCAGAGGCCGAUAGGGAGCUCAUGAAGGAGCUCUAUGAAAGGUGUGAAACCAAAAGACGGACAUUAUUCAAGCUGGCCAGUGAGACAGAGGAUAAUGACAGCAGUUUGGGGGAUAUUCUGCAGGCCAGUGACAAUUUAUCCCGUGUGAUAAAUUCCUAUAAAAAAAUAAUAGAGGGGCAAGUGAUCAAUGGUGAAGUGGAUCUCCCUGUCAUAUCUGUAGUGGAAGGGAGUAACUCCACAAGUAAUCUCAACACCCUCAUUGACCUUGCUGGAUUGGACGUCACUAGCACCCCGCCACCUCCAAUGCCACCUACCACCCUGACACCAGCCCCCACAGUAGCCCCAGCCCCAGCAGAAAUCCCCAUUCUCCCGCCUCCUCCUCAGACGUUUGCACAGUUGCGGAGCAGUUCCUCUAGCCAAGUGGAAGCCGCACCCGCUCAGCAGAGCAGCACGGCCAACUCCAUCUCCUUGCUGGAUGAGGAGCUUCUGUGCUUAGGCCUGAAUGACCCGGCCCCUACAGCAGUGAAGGAGACAUCAGAAAGCAACCAGUGGAGCAUGUUUGAGAAUGACCAGUUGGACCUGGAUUUCUUUAAUCCGAAGAUGGUGACUGUUGCUUGCAACCCUGCAGGGAACCCUCUUCUCCAUCACACAUCACAGACCACGUGUGGAACGUCAGUGACGCUGCCCUCUGCUUUCACAGCCUCUCAGACUGCUCCCAGCAUCCCAGCACCAAACUCGGCACCAUUUGUAUUCUCUGCUGUACCGGCUGCCCCUGCAGGGCCUCCUAAGACUAUUCCAGCUGCUCCUGGAUACUUCAGCUCAUCUGUGGGGAGCAAUGUGUCACAUAAGAUGGAUGCAUUGGGACAACUCCUUGAAGAAGCCAAAGGGACUGCCACCCAAGGCAUGGCGACACCUUUGUUGUUCCCUGGGGUUACUUUGCCUACCACUGUCACCUCUGCCCCGUUAAUAGCACCUGCAGGGCUGCCAGCCACUGCCCCUGGAGCCCCUCCAGUUCCUUUCCCAAGCAGCUGCACUGCUGGCUCAGGAAGUCCUCUCUUCCAGCCAGCAUCAUUCCAGCAGCAAGGUAGUCCCAUGAAAGCACCUGAAAUUUCUUUGGCCAAUGUCCAUGUUCCUCUGGAAUCCAUUAAACCCAGCAGUGCCCUCCCGGUGACAGCCUAUGACAAGAACGGCUUCCGGAUCCUCUUGCACUUUGCCAGGGAGUGCCCACCGGGAAGGUCGGAUGUGCUAGUCGUGGUAGUCUCAAUGCUGAACACGGCACCACUUCCUGUGAAGAACAUCGUUCUGCAGGCUGCUGUGCCGAAGUCCAUGAAAGUGAAGUUACAACCACCCUCUGGCACAGAGCUGUCUCCAUUCAAUCCCAUCCAGCCGCCUGCUGCCAUCACCCAAGUCAUGCUUCUGGCAAAUCCUACGAAGGAGAAAGUGAGGCUGAGAUACAGACUGACCUUCACACUGGGAGACCAGCCCAGCACAGAGGUUGGCGAAGUGGAUCAGUUUCCCCCGGUAGAGCAGUGGGGGAAUCUAUGACCUUGGGACACUGCCAGAGACUCUGUGACAGGACCAGGAAAGGAUCCCGCAGGACUGGAAUGAAUGUGACAUGGGGAGGGACACACAUGCUAUCCACUGGUGAUGUUCAGCUUUGUUUACGUGUCCUGACCACUCUGCUUGUAGCUUUAGUCCAGAAUGUUUUGCCCCACAUUGAAGGGAUCCUGGAACAUUUAUGCCAAGCAUGAACUGAGUGGCAGCCAGUAACAGGCAAUGCUGGCUGCUUUUAUCUUGACCUCUGGGUGAAUCUGGUUCUAUCUUCCACUCUAUUAAACUUGAAGUUACUGUAUUUUGAGGGGAGACCUGUCAGCAGAAGGGGAUUUAGUUGGCUUGUUCCUGUACUGCUGUCCCGAGAUAACUACAGGCUGGUGGGGUAAUGAUGCCACCGUGAGCUUCCUCAGUGCAGAGCCCUUACCCAUGCCCUCCCUCGGACUUUUACCUCCUCAGUGCCAGACCGGACCUGCUAAGCAUGUUGAGCAAUAAUGCUGGCUCCAUGAGGGAAUGCUUAUUUUUUACACUGAAAUGGCACUUAGCUCCCUUUCUUCCCCUCUGCUGCUUCAUUCCCAACGGCCAAUGUAAGCAGACCCUCGCUCUGUGUUGUGCGACACUGCUGUAUCUUUGGUUGUUAUAUUUAUUUUAUACUGCUAGCUGCCUUCCUGUUGUAUCCAUUUUGGGCAGCUGGGGCUGAGUUUUGUAUGCAAAUGGUUACACUGGUUAUUUUUCUGCCUUCAUUGCAUUCCAUAGUGUGGGGAAGAGAGGAAACGUGUAGUGAGGAGGUAAACAGGGCUGGAAAGGAGCGGUCAGUAUUGGUGGAGGACAGCACCUGGAGUGCAGAAAUGUCUUUACAAUCACUAAUCAGGUGCAGUGACCGAAUCCAGGGAUAAGGAGAGAUGCCUCUCAUGUCCCCUCAUGCAGGCAGCAUUAUUAUUGUAGUUGAAUACUGUGUUUCACUGAGAUGAGUACCUCUUGUACAUUUACAAGAUGUAACUAAUAGAGCUAUAGGAUAUCUAAAUAGAAACAAGCAGACAGUGAAAGGCAAGAAGGCUCUACUGGGCUGUGACGAUGCAUGUGCUGGGUUUAAUGCCCUGUUUUAUUUGUUCCCUGUAUUAAGUGGCUAAGUGCAAUUGCCUCCACAAGGGGGGAAAGCAGUGUUCUGCGCUAACAGGGGCAGAAGAGCUGACCCCUCCAGCUACGUUCUCACAGAAACUAGGUUUAAAUCACUUGAACUUGACUCCAGCAGUCCCUUCCUUCUCCCUCUCAACUUCCAAUCUCAAGCAGUGCCUCAACUAGCUUUGAGACAGACUGUUUCAAAUUAACAGGUUUUCUUAACAUUCAUUGACAAAAGCACAGAUAGGGCAGGUCCUUGGACGCUAAGCCCAGUAUUUCUAGCAGUGCUGUCAAGCAACAGCUCUUAGCAAACUAUGAAUGGGAGCAGCCAGCUCAAGUGCUGAGAAAAUCACCAGGAGGAGACCCUUGCCUGUUGUAGGAAGAAAACUCCAGGGGAGAAAGUGCUGCCGCAAUUAAUGGCGGCUGUAAAACCCAUUACUGCAAAUGCAGCUUGGAGUUAUUUAUAGUUGAAUUUUCUUUACUAUGUUGCAAAGUAAAAAUCACUAGAGGUGGAAAAACUCGGUGGAUUCAAAGGCCUGAGGUCCUAAUCAGAGGCACCAGGCAGUUGUAGAAGCCCUGAAGGUGGAAUCAAAGCUUGGCCAACGAACUUGCUGUAAACCCCUGGUCUGAAGCUCAUGAAGACCCCAGCCUUGUCAGCCCCCUGUCAUAGAAGGCAGGCAAAAGGGAUGGGUACGUUCUUUGGAUCCUUAAAGAAAACAGUUUUAAAUUGAUGGACUAGGAUAGGGGACAAGGAGAGAAUUCUUUCUGCCUCAGACAUGUUCUUGCCAGCACUUUAGACACAGUAGGCAUGGGGGUAGUGCUUAGGUCAUGGUAGUGUGUCCCGAGGAAGCAGGUUUCACUGCUUUUGAUGCCUGCACGUGAAUCUCACUGUGACUUUGAGGAAGUCAGAAGAGCACAAGUGCUUUCUGCAGAAUGGCUUUGUUCUCAGUGUUAACGGCAGCGCACUGCCUGCGCUGUACAGCCAAAUGGAAAGAUGCUGUAGUCUUGCUGUGUGGAAAUGCAUUGUUAAAAGCUUUGGGAAUUAAGCUAUGAAUGUCCCUUGUCUGUAGGGUGAGGUUCCUGCUUGAUAUCGAACAGCCGUAACUGUAUACACAUCUCAAAUGCAUUUGUUCUGCUGCAUGUUAAAUAAAUUGUUUUCCCUACU